AUGUCCGUGAGAGCUCUCCUAGCUGCGAUCCUGCUCGCCGCCGCAGCCGCCGCCGCGGCGCCGGCAGCGGCGACGCGCGCACCCCGUUGCGGGUGGAGCCCCGUCAGUGACGUGAGCGAACCCCACAUCCAGGAGCUCGGGAGCUGGGCGGUGGCGGAGUACGCCAGACGGGCGAACGGCGGCCUGCGGUUCGGCAAGGUGACGAGCGCCCAGGAGCAGGUCGUGGACGGGGUGAACUACAAGCUCUUCCUCGACGCGGCCGACGCCAGCGGGGGCGUGGCGGACUACGGGGCGGUCGUGUACGAGCAGGAGCGGACCAACACCCGCGAGCUCACGUCCUUCGCGCGCGCGCCGGCCAAAUGA